CCAGAGGAAGGUCUAGGCUCUCAUACACAGCCAGGAGGUACCGGAGCCUCAGCUUACAGCUGUCCCUGCUUCCUGGCAGGUAAAUGACGUGCCAUUCCAGAACCUGACUCGGGAGGAGGCGGUGCAGUUCCUGCUGGCACUGCCACCAGGCGAGGAGAUGGAGCUGCUGACGCAGCGGAAGCAGGACAUCUUCUGGAAAAUGGUGCAGUCCCGCGUGGGCGACUCCUUCUACAUCCGCACGCACUUUGAGCUGGAGCCCAGCCCACCGUCCGGCCUGGGCUUCACCCGUGGCGACGUCUUCCACGUGCUGGACACGCUGUACCCGGGCCCCGGGCAGAGCCACACGCGAGGAGGCCACUGGCUGGCGGUGCGCAUGGGUCGUGACCUGCGGGAGCAAGAGCGGGGCAUCAUUCCCAACCAGAGCAGGGCGGAGCAGCUGGCCAGCCUGGAAGCUGCCCAGAGGGCCGUGGGAGCCGGGCCCGGUUCCUCCGCGGGCUCCAAUGCUCGGGCCGAGUUCUGGCGGCUGCGGGGUCUCCGUCGAGGGGCCAAGAAGACCACUCAGCGGAGCCGCGAGGACCUCUCAGCCCUGACCCGACAGGGCCACUACCCGCCCUAUGAACGAGUGGUACUUCGAGAAGGUGGGGCCCGGGCGGGAGGGGUCCCUGGGGAGGCUCCACACAGGUGGUGGCACGCCUGUUCACCAGCAUCCAGCCUCUAAAAGGCACAGCCUUGUAGACUGGCGGCUCAGGCUGAUAAUCCUAACGCUUUGGGAGGCUGAGGUAGGAGGAUCACGGAGACCCGGAG